AUGGGGGGCGUGACGUUUGUUUUAGCUGGAGACUUUCGUCAAACAUUACCAGUUAUCACAAAAGGUACUCGAGCUUGCCUUAAAUCAUCAGCUUUAUGGCAAUCGAUUGAAACUCUUAAUCUGCGCACAAAUAUGAGAGCACAUUUAAGUGACAAUGACGAUAAUAAUUUCUCACAAAAACUUCUAAAACUUGGAGACGGAAAAUUACCGUCUCCGGUUGCAAUCAGUCCCCAGGUAUUGCUGGAUAACGAAUUGGGUCAAAUCGUUCAGAGUCUAGAAACUCUUGUGGACACAGUAUAUCCGGAAAUACAAAAUCUUACGGAGAGAAAUUUCAAUUGGCUCUGUUCGAGAGCGAUAGUGUCCCCGCGAAAUGAAUCGGUUAAUGAGAUUAACAAAAUUAUUAUGGAAAAAGUACCCGGUGAAUUUAAAUCUUACAAAUCUAUUGACACAGUAUGCAACAUCGAAGAUACAGUGCACUAUCCGCAAGAAUUUUUAAAUUCCCUGAAUCCUUCCGGCUUGCCGUCCCAAGAACUACAAUUAAAG